GGGGGCAUGGCUGCCAAUUUCUAGUUUGCAUGCGCUGCAUGCGGCAGCCCCUACCAAACGUCGAGAGCUAGCAACGGGGGGGGGCAUCAGAACUCCGUCCAACAUUGCAUUGGGCUUCCUCCUCUCCUCUGAAUUUCGUUGUUCAAACAGCUCCUUUUUGCUGAGAUUGAUUCUUCGUCCAAUGUUGAAAGUGCAAUAUUGUGCAUUUCUUUGAUAUUCGUGAUUAUAACCCUUCUGGAGAGUCCCAUGAGACUUGCAGAAGCCCUCCAUUGUGUCACAGAUCUUCCCUUUGCCAUUGUUCAAGCACCAACAAGAGAAGUCCUUUUUGGCAAGUGAUCAGGAACAGGAAAGCGGUGGUUCAACAUGGACACCUUGGGAAAGAAAGCAUGGGAGGUUCCCCCUUCUUCUCCACUCCCAGAUGUGCGGGGCGCCAACAUGCAGUCAAAGAAAAGGGGCCGCAGCAGCUCGCUGAAGGGGCAAGCAAUGCUGAAAGAGACGGUGGCGGAAGGAGAGAAGCGCGAGUCCCCUCAGGCUCCUGUGUCAAAAAAAAGCAGAGGAGCAUAUGAAGAAGCGGCGCCACCAGAAAGCCCUAGUUUGAAGAUGAUGGUUGUAGAUUUGGUUGUUGAAGAUGGGGUAGCUGCAACGGGGGGAAGGGGGGAAGGAGGGAGACCACCUCGUGCAUUGCUGUAUGGUCUGACGGCAGAAGGCGAGAGCGUUUGCUGUCAUGUAUCAGACUUUACCCCGUACUUCUGGUUUCCUGCUCCAAUCAGUCUCCCCAGCCAAGAAGGCGGCGAGGAUUGCCCACUAAGCGAAACAGAGCUUGACAUCGUGUUAGAGCGCCUGAAUCAGAAGGUUGCCAGCAGUAAGCAGCGCACUGGGUCGAGAGGCGACAAGCCAAUCGUGCGACUCACGCAGGAGGACAGAAUGCCUAUCAUGUACUAUCGCCCGAAAGGCUUGUACCCCUUUUUGAAGGUGGAAUACUGGCGGAAUAAGGACGCUGGUGUCAUUGCAAAGGAGCUGUCCCGCCUGGCAUCUGAGAACGCCCUCAAGGAAAGAGGCAUUGCAUGGAGGAUAGGCAGCCCCUGCGCCUAUGAAGAGGACAUCAAGUUUGGCAUGCGUUUCAUGUGCGAGACCAAGAUUGCCGGCGGCGCCUGGCUCACAGUCCCGCGCGACAAGCUGGACCCCAUUCCCCUCGCCGAGAGGAGGGCCCCCCGGUGCAGCCUCGAGAUGAACGUGCUGAGCUGGCAUGACAUCACUGGCCUUACGCCUGACGCAACCAGCGGGAUGACAUUCGAACACGCACUGCCGGGAAGCGGGACAGCGGGCGCAGAGUCAGAUUCGGCCGCUGCUGCUGACAUUGCCGCGGCAGUCCGAGAGCAUGACGACAGGGCCUCACUGCUCAGCCCGGAGGACGAGUCGCUUCUGGAGGAGGGCGAGGGGGCCUUGUCAGAAACAGGAGCGGCACCUCUGAAAGACGCAACUGCAUCGGAUACUGGAAACCAAACGGGGAGGAAGGGAUCAAGUGCGGACAAGCAAGGGCUGGAAGAGAGUGCGUCAGUCUCCGAGGGCCUAGCGGUUGCGCCGCUCAAGAUAUUGGCGGUUAACGUACAGACGGCCGGGCGCGGAUCUGUGGAUUCCCAUGGCAAAGUCGGGCUCGAGCAUUCGGCCCCUUCUUCCCAGAGCUCGAAACGGGGUUCGAAGGCAAAAGGCAAGGCCGCCGUGAGCAGCCCCGAGAGCUCGAAGUCAGCCGCACCUGCAAUGACGUCAUCCACUGCGACGGAGCUGGAGGUGCUGGAGGGAGUGCCGGGGAGCGACGUGGCAGGAGGGGGGGUGGCACUGCCUAACAGGGACCCGGUUCUGAUGAUUUCAAACAGAAUCCGACGGUCGGCAGAGCCGGAUGCAAAGCAAAAGUUAGUGGUGUUCACGUUCCGGGAAGGAUUCGUGGCUCCGCCAGGGGUGGACGGGCGAGUGUUCAAGACCGAGAGCGAGAUGCUACGGGCAUGGAAGCGGUUCGCGACCGAAGAGGCGGACCCUGACGUCAUCUGCCUCUUCCAGCUGAAGGAGAGCCUGAGGUACCUGAACGAGCGGUUCAAGCAUCUGAAGCUGGGGUCGCUCGACCUGGGCCGGCGUCCCAACAAGGCGCUCGAGGUCAAGUCGGUGGUUUCGUACGGCAAGAAUUGGGUUAAGAACCAGCAGCGGAUGACGGCCACGUCCAACCUGGAGACGUACCGGGCGACCGUCGAGGGGCGGGUCGUGGUCGAUAUGCUGCGCUCGAUCACGAUCGCGCACAAUCUGUCCACCUUCACGCUGGCCGAGUGCUCACAGGUGUUUCUGGGAGAGACGAAGGAGGUGCUGUCGGCAGCGGCCAUCACGGCACUAUGGGCGGGCCGGCACGGGGGCCCCUCUCGGCUGGCCGUCUACUCUUUGCGAGAGGCGGAGCUGGCUUUGCGGCUGCUGGAUAAGCUGCAAAUCAUCACGGAAACGCUCGAGAUGGCUAGGGUGACCGGGCUCACUCUUUCGGACGUCCUGUACAAAGCCCAAAUGAUCCGCGUCCAGAGCCUGCUGCUGCGGAGUGCAGGGAAAGAAGGGGGCCUUCUAGGCGGCCCGCCCCUGGGGGGACAACUCUCAGAGAGCCCGUUUCUGUUGCACCCCAAGGAGAGGCAGACUGCCGGCUUGUAUCAAGACCCCGUUGCGAUCCUGGACUUUGCCAGCCUGUACCCGUCCCUGUUCAUCGGCCACAAUCUCUGCUACUCUACACUCCUUCACCCCGAUGACGUGGCAGCGCUGGACCCCACGGACGUCUACACGACGCCCACGGGCGCGCACUUUGUCCGAACCGCAGUCCGCCACGGUAUCUUGCCGCGCAUCUGCAGCGCGCUCAUCGCCACCCGCAAGCAGGCCCGUGACAGGAUGGCCGAGCGUGACAUCACCCCCACCGAGCGCGCGGUCCUGGAUGGUCGGCAGAAGGCGCUGAAGCUGUGCUCGAAUGCGCUGUACGGCUUCACCGGGGCGCAGGCGUCGCCCAUGCAGGCCUUGCCGCUGGCCGACAGCUGUCUCGCCAUGGGGGCGGCUGCCUGCAAAAAGGCCGUCGAGCUCGUGAACGGGGCCUUCGACAAUGGCAAGGUCAUCUACGCCCAAACCGACAGCGUCUUCGUCCGCUUCAAGGGUGCAUCCAUCGCCGAAGCAAUCGAGCUGGGGCAUCAAGCGUCCGCUGUUGCCUCUGCGGCGUUCCCUCCCCCGAUCUCGCUUAAGUUCGAGCGUGUGCUCAGCCCUUUCCUGCUACUGCAAGUGAACCGGUAUGCGGGGCGGCAGUUUACCAGCGCGGGGGAAGGGAAGGGACAAGGGACGCUGUUUGUGAAAGGAGUAGAGGUGGAUCGAAGGGACGUACCCGGCUUUGUCCGCAUAGUCUGCAAGCGCGUGCUGCAGAAGAUCCUGGUGGACCGCGACGUGGACGGCGCGGUGGAGGCGAGCACGGCCAUGAUCCGGCGCCUCGUGGGCGGCAAGUGCUCCAUGAGCGACCUCGUCAUGACGGGGGGGCUCUGGCGGGUGAACGAUGAGGACAUCACGCGCGUCGCAGCUGGCACGCCGAGUAAGGGCCCCAGCGGUCAGCGGGAGGGCCCCGCCACUGCGGAGGAGGGCCGCGGGCCGCACGUGUCGCUAGCAGUGCGCCUGAAGAGGCGCGACGGCGACCGGCAGUUCCACAUCGGGGAGCGGAUACCGUACGUCCUGGUGUCUGGGCGAGGGAAGCUUCAGGACGACAUGGCGGAAGACCCCGUGGAAGCGGCGCGCAGGGGGCUGGCGCCAAACAUCGGGGUGUACCUGGAAAACAAGCUGCGCAAGCCGCUCGAGUCCAUCUUUGAGUAUGUCGUGAGCGACAAGGUGCUGCGGGAGCUGUUUACGGGGCCCCACACGAUCCCCCCGCCCUCCAUGGCGGCCGCAGCGGCGGCCUCGGGGGGCGGCAAGCAGUCCCUCAUGAGCACCUUCUUCAAGCCCAAGCCGGCGUGCCUCGGAUGCCGACGGCCAAUGGAGGCGGAACGCGGGCCGCUGUGCGCAUCGUGCGGGGCUAGCGGUGCGGGGCAGCGCGUGGUCGCCGAGCUGGCGGCGGAGCAGCGCGAGCAGGAGGCGCUCUUCGCGGCCGCGGCGUCCGAGAGUGUGCGCUGUCACUCCGGUACUCCUUUCGACCCUGUACUCGAUACAAACGCGGACUCACCGGCCUUCUUCAUCCGAUAUGAAGCACCUAGAGCCUUGCAGCAAAUCGAGCAAUCAAUCUCCCGGUUUGAAGAAAGCUGAACAUGGCCGAUACGCCUGCUAACCUGCUCUAUUGUGUUAUGGAACUUGUAACAUACCGUACUAUUGACGGGCUAAUCUCGACUUAGUGAGCCACUCUGUCUGCUUGCCUGCUGCUGUUGCA